AUGAUGGACGAGCAGACGGCAGCCCAGCUGCGGCAGGCCUUUGAGACGGAUGACGAGGUCUGCAUCGGCUUCGGGCCGGACAAGCUGAUUGGCUACGACGAUGCCAUGCAGAGCGAGGCCGACAUCCCACACGAGCGGCAGCAGUUUAUGGAGUCGAUGGCGUUCUGGUUUCGUGUGUCACGGCACCGGCCGGCUUUAGAGCGGCUGGUGGCGCGGCACUUGGGCGUCCAUGCGGCCCGUGUCAAGAUGAGCCACUUGAACAUGUGGCGCCAGGGCGCAUUCAAUGUGGCCAUCCCCAUGCUGGUGUUUGACACAAAAGCCGCGGCCGAUGCCGCCCACACACCGUCGCCACAAGGCGACAUGCCGCCCGAGGUGCCGGACAGCCUGCGCCGCGUGAUGCUGCGCUUGCCAAUGCCGCCACGGUGCGCCGAGGCCGUCUACCCGGGCUCAAUCCUCGAGAAGAUGCGCUGCGAGACGGCGACGUACGUGUGGAUGCAAAAGAACUGCUCUCAAAUUCGGAUCCCGCAUCUCUUUGGCCUCGGCUUUCCCGACGGGACACAUUGGUUUGCAUCCUGGAUGCGGUGGCCUCUUCUGUCAAACUAUGUCGCGAUCUCGGUGCCACAGGACGAGUGCCCUGUUGACUCUGGUUACAUGAUCUUGGAGCACUUUGGUGCCUCUUUUGGACAGGAGCUGUCGUUGAUGGCGCGAGACACCAGGAUUGUGGAGGACGGCGUCGAGUACUUGCCAGAGCCCAUCCAGAUGCUGGCGCAGCCGGCAAAGAUGCGCAAUCUGUUCCGGGGCGUGUCUCGCAUCAUUCUGGCCUUGGCACGAGUUCCGCAGCCGCGCAUCGGCGCGUUCCGGUUCAACGACGACGGCACGAUAUCGCUUGAUAACCGGCCCGUGACAGCGGACAUGUUUGUUCUCGAAAACGCACGUGCACCGCGCACCAUGAGCGUGGACACGACAUAUACGAAUGUCAACGAGUACGUGAGCGACCUGCAGACGUUUCAAGAACAGAAAUUCCUAGCAGCGCCCAAUGCAGCUGUCGAGGCAGCAGAUGCCACAUACCAGAUGGGCAUCAUGGCCUUUUUGCGAGCGGUCACACACCAUUUUGUCGGGGGGACCAGUCGCUGGCGAAACGGGCCGUUUGUACUUUACAUGUCCGACGCCAACGCGUCCAACUUUAUGGUGGACGAGAACUGGAACGUGACGGGCAUGUACGACCUCGAGUGGAUGUUCUCGGCGCCCGCCGACAUGCCACGCGUGCCGUCCUGGCUUACAUGGUCCUCGGUGGACCGCAUCUCGAAUCCUGCGACCGACGAAUACGCCGCAUACAACGAGGCACGAGCAGCCUUUGCCGAGGUGUUUGCGGAGGAAGAACGGCUGGCCGACACGGCAGCUUUGGAGACGGCGCUCGGUGGCACGACUCUGAGUGCGGUGAUGGAGGAGAGCUGGGCGUCCAAGACGUUUUGGUUUUAUUCCUCGCUCCUGUCCAUCACAGGCAUGACGCAUGUUGCGUCGCACCAGAUCCUGCCCAUGUUCGUCCGCACAUGGGAGGAGAAGCGAGAUGCGUCGGCAUCGUUUGCAGACCUGGCUAAGCUCUGGAGCACGGCGGCCGCCGACGUCAUCGUGAAAAAAGUGGAUGACCACACGAGGCACCUGGUCCAUGUGGCGGCUCUCUUUGGACGAGCUCCGCCGACAUACACGGCCAGCCACGACAUCGAGACGGGCGCAGUCGACGGCGGGGAUGUACCGUACAUGGAGGAGAAACUGUCGCGUGACAACAAAGGGAACAGCAAAGAAAUCACUCUACAAAGCUGA